UCAUACUACAACACACGCUCCUCUUCUCUUAUAUUUAUUACACUCACCUCAUUUCACACCCUUUCAACUUUCUUGCAAACCAAACAAAAAUAAUACAAAACAACACUAUUUAUAAGAUUUUACAGAAUAAUGCAUGUUCUUGGUUUCAAUCCUUACGUUUUAACUCAUUUUCUGUCACCCGUUCGCUUGUUUUCGUAGAAAAUUAACCCGGAACGGAUAUAUAUAUGGAAAGAUCAAGUGUUUUUGUGGUAGUUUUCAUGUGUUUUUUAGGUUGUUUUGAAGUAGGGUUUUGUGAAAGUGAAACGGUACUUUUUGAGAAAAGUUUUAUUAGUUGGGAUGAUAUGAAAGUUGAUGAAGAUAAAGCCAGAUUGAAUUCUAGAUUUGAUUUUAACAGAAGCAAAAUUAUUGUAGUUGAUAUGAAUGGUGAAGGCGAUUCUUUAACUGUUCAAGGUGGUAUUGAUUUGGUUCCAGAAAAUAAUACUCAGAGAGUCAAGAUUUAUAUUCUUCCUGGAAUUUACAGAGAAAAAGUGUUUGUACCAAGAAGCAAGCCAUAUGUAUCAUUCAUUGGAAAAGAAAGUAAAUGUGCUGACACUGUGAUUACUUGGAACAACAAAGCUUCUGAUAUUGACAGCAGUGGAGUUGAAUUAGGAACGUAUAGAUCGGCCUCCGUCACCAUAGAAUCCGACUAUUUCUGCGCUACUGGAGUCACUUUCGAGAAUACAGUAGUGGCAGAGCCUGGAGAAUUUGGAAUGCAAGCGGUAGCACUGAGAGUUUCUGCAGACAAGUCAUUUUUUCAUAAAGUUAGAAUAUUGGGAACACAGGACACUCUAUUAGAUGAGACUGGAUCACAUUUUUUUUACAAAUGUCACAUUCAAGGAGCUGUAGAUUUUAUAUUUGGUAGAGGACGAUCACUUUUUCAGGACUGUGUGCUUCAAUCAACAGCUAAAAGAUCUGGAGCAAUUGCAGCUCAUCACAGGGAUACACCGUUUGACGAUUCAGGUUUCUCUUUCGUAGGCUGUAUCAUUAACGGAACCGGAAAAAUCCUUCUCGGAAGAGCUUGGGGAAAUUAUUCGAGGGCUAUAUACUCCUACUGUUUCAUUGAUGACAUCAUAACUCCUCCGGGAUGGAGCGACUGGAACAACCCGGACAGGCAAAAGACCGUGUUUUUUGGAGAAUACGAAUGUAGCGGAAGAGGAGCGGAAACAGGAGGUCGAGUCCCAUGGUCAAAGACUUUCAGUUAUGAGGAAGUAAGACCUUUCUUAGAUAUGCAAUUCAUAAAAGGAGAUGAAUGGCUUAGACUAUAGCUUUUAUUUCUUUCUUAUAGUUCAUCUUAUCAAAUUGUGUUAUAGUUUUCAUUUUUUUAAAUCCGGCUUUACCGGCGGAUUUACUAUGUCAUAAAGGCUAAAGCAUGCACAGGACAGCUAAGUUGUAAAAAAAUUUCAUUCAUAUUUUUCUCUA